UUCAUGAAUGAGACAUUCUUAACAAUUAAUAACUGCUAUAGUCAUCUGAAUCUAGAUUAGCUUAGUAGUUGUGAUUGAAGAUAAAAAAAAUACUUGAAUUACUAUUUCAUUGCCGUAACAAGAAGAAGAAUGUUGAUAAGACAAACAGCUGACAAUUCGAAUUGGCUUCUAAAUUUACGGCAGCUCUUAAUUUAGUUAUUAAAUAACAAUAAAAUAUGUCGAAGGAAGCCGAUAAUACACAAAUUAAAGACAACUCUACCGGUUCACAGCUUAAGGACGCUUGGUCUAUCCGACCAUGUUCUGUUUAUAAGGACGAAUAUGACGAUUGUACCAGCAUAAAGGCACGCUUCCACCAAUAUUUUAUCUAUGGCGAGAACGUUGACUGCUCCCAAUGGAAAAAAGAUUAUGAUAAUUGUGAGCGGUAUGUAAAUUCGAAUGGCAAUGAUAUAGCAGCCGGUGAAGCUGUUAUUAAUAGCGAAGCUGAACGCAGGCGAAAACGCUUGGAAGCGCACUAUAGCAAUACGACAUGGAAAAAGCGUACACAUCCACCGGAAGAUUGGUCGAAACCUUUACCUGAAUGGUUGGCUAAGAAAAACGAGAACACAUUUUUAGAAGUAAAACAAAUGGAAUUAGAUGGUCGUAAACCUGUUGAAGUGGUUGAAAAAUCCUUUUGCGCUAUUAUGUAGUUAAAAACGUUAUAUAUAAUUGAAAUGCUAUUAGUUUGUUGUAACAAUUA